AAUAAGCAGUAAACUCAGAAAGUCUUAUCAUAAAAUCUUAAUCUAAUGAACAUCUUAGUUAUAUAUAAAUCCGAAAAAGAGAAAAUGAGGCCAUGUUGUAAAGAAAUUACAUUACAGAAGAAAAAUGGCAGGUCCUGAAUGCUGCUCAAACGCACCAAUCCUCAACCCAAACUCAGGGGUAGGCAAUGUUGAAAAACUUGGUGGUCUAGACACCUAUACCACCGGUCCCUCCGACUCCAACUUUGCGAUUCUUAUGGUUUCUGAAGUUUUUGGAUUUGAAGCUCCAAAUCUAAGAAAACUUGCAGACAAGGUUGCAGCUGCAGGGUACUAUGUACUGGUUCCUGAUUUUUUACACGGAGAUCCUUUUACUUCUGAGAAUGCUAACAGACCUCUACCUGUUUGGUUGAAAGAUCAUCAACCAAAUGAAGCUUUUGAAGAUGCAAAACCAGUAAUUGAAGCUUUAAAAUGCAAAGGUGUUUUGUCUAUAGGAGCUGCCUCUUUUUGUUGGGGCGCCAAGACUGUUGUAGAACUUGCCAAGUCUAAAUUAAUCCAAGCUGCUGUACUACUACACCCAUCAUUUAUCACCUUGGACGACAUCAAGGGAGUUAGCAUUCCAAUUGCAAUACUUGGAGCUGAGAUAGACCAAUAUUGUCCUCCAGAACUCCUCAAACAGUUUCAACAACUCCUAACUGCUGAACUUGGGGAUGAUUGUUAUGUAAAGUUAUUUCGGGAAGUUUCACAUGGUUGGACUAUCAGGUACAACAUUGAAGAUGCAAUGGCUGUACAAGCUGCAGAUGAGUCCCAUCGAAUUUUGCUAGAAUGGUUUGCCAAACAUGUAAAGUGAAAAUCAUUGUUUAAUCAAAAUCUUCCAUGUGAAUUAUAUACAUCCUUUAUUGAGAUUUCUACCUGUGGUGAGGACAUGCAUUGAUUAACAAUAAAAGAGGACAAUAAAUCAAAAUAAAUGUAUUUUUGAACUGUGCAAACCUUAAAGAAUAAAAAUUCUUUAAAAGAUAUAC